AAGUGUGCUACGCCAUCAAGGGCCCCACUCCCGGCUGCCGCGGGGACAGUGCAGGGCCACUCGCGGUUGAGCUGCCCCGGGCUGGCCCGAGCCUUUGGGUCUCAGGUGACUGGGACAGGCGGCCGCGGCGUUCGAAUCUACUUGCUCCUGCGGUGGAAGAGACGGGCCGGCGUUGGCCGCUGCUGCUAGCAGCUUGAAGCCCAGGGUCGGGACCGAUGGCGGCCUGGGCUGCUUCCAGCCUAAGCAGAGCCUCUGCCCGAUACUUGCUGGCACGAGGCCCCGGGGUCCGGGCGGCUCCUCCGCGCUACCCCCGGCCCUCCCAGCCAGAGCCCUGGGGCUGGGGCGCCGCUUCGCGCAGGGCGAUGCACCUCACCGCGGCUGUCCCCGCCGGGCACAACAAGUGGUCCAAAGUCAGGCACAUCAAGGGUCCGAAGGACGCCGAAAGGAGUCGCAUCUUCUCCAAACUUGCUUUGAACAUCCGCCUGGCGGUGAAAGAAGGCGGCCCCAACCCUGAGCUCAACAGCAACUUGGCCAAUGUCUUAGAGGUGUGUCGCAGCAAGCAUAUGCCCAAGUCAACGAUUGAGGCAGCACUGAAAAUGGAGAAAACCAAGGACAUUUAUUUGCUGUAUGAAGCUCGAGGCCCUGGUGGUUCUUCUUUGCUCAUUGAGGCAUUAUCUAACAGUGGCUCCAAGUGUCAAUCAGACAUUAGACAUAUCCUGAACAAGAAUGGAGGAACGAUGGCUGAAGGAGCUCUUCACUCUUUUGACAAAAAGGGGGUGAUUGUGAUUGGAGUGGAGGACAGAGAGAAGAAGGCUGUGAACCUAGAGCGUGCCCUGGAGCUGGCAAUCGAAGCAGGAGCUGAGGAUGUCCAGGAAACUGAAGACGAAGAAGAAACAAACAUUUUUAAAUUUAUUUGUGAUGCCUCUUCACUGCAUCAAGUGAGGAAGAAGCUGGACUCCCUGGGCCUGUGUUCUGUGUCCUGUGCACUAGAGUUCAUCCCCAACUCAAAGGUGCAGCUGGCUGAGCCCGACCUAGAACAGGCCGCUCAUCUCAUUCAGGUGCUUGGCAACCACGAGGAUGUGAUUCACGUCUAUGACAACAUUGAGUAACCAGGCUAUAUGUGCCCCCAGGUUCCUUCCUAGAAAUGUGGCAGCCCGUUCCAGCACACAUAAGCAAUCUCUGAGAGUAAAGCCGGUGGGAAGCUCAGCAGGCCAGAAGGCCUAAAGCCAGGACUUAACAACCUUGAGGCCAAGGGAAUCUCACUUAUGGGGCCUCUUUGUCAGCUCUGCUGAUGUCUCAGAGCCAUCUGGAUGAGUAUCCCGACACCUUCUUGGAUGCAGGGCAGGAACACACAGCUGGUCAGACUCUGAUGUUGGGUAGUUGGCCUCUGUGGGGAUUGGAAGUGCCCUGAGGCCCUCUGUACUAGUAACUGCCCUUAAUAACAGUGAUUAUUGGUUGCUGCA